UCAUAUAUUUAUAUUUAUUUCUGUGAGGGCCAAAUUCUAGUCUCUGUAAUUGGAUUCGUGUUGUCUCUACCAUUACCGGCAAAGCUGCCUUCCACAAGGCGACGAUGAACAAUAUUAGGGUUUUCUUUUUCGCUUUCCUCCUGGUCGCGUCUCCUCUUUUGCAAGUGUCUCAUUGUCAGUCAGAUUCUGAAGAGGAAGUCAUGGAGGCUGCUGAAGAAGUCAGUGAUCUUGGGAUUGUUGGUGAAGAUACCCAGUAUUUUGGUGAUGGAAGUUAUAGCCCUGCUCCUGGAGUUGAUACAGUCUGUGUUUUCCCCAAAAACAGUGCACGCUUGGUGCCAGCUGGUGAAGAGGCUGAAUUACUUGUUGGACUAAAAAAUGACGGCGAGUCAAGCAUAAAUGUAAUUGCAAUUAAGGCCAGUGUUCAUCUUCCUUUUGAUCAUCGUAUGCUGGUCCAAAAUCUCACUGCUCAGCCCUUCAACAAUGCAACUGUUCCUGCCUCAACACAAGCAACUUUCCCAUAUGUUUUUGCUGUCAGCAAGUACUUGCAGCCUGGAAACUUUGAUCUUGUGGGCACCAUUUUCUAUGAGAUCGACCAGCAUCCAUACCAGAGCACCUUCUACAAUGGUACCAUUGAAGUUGUCGAGUCUGGUGGCUUCCUCAGCGUUGAGUCAGUUUUUCUGGUUACACUUGGAGUUGCACUUCUUGUACUGCUUGGCCUAUGGAUUCAUGGUCAAAUACAGAACCUUUCUAAGAAAACAAAGCGGGCUCCAAAGGUGGAAAUUGGAACUGGGACAAGGGAUGCCUCAAUGGAUGAAUGGCUUCAGGGAACUGCAUACACUCAAUCAAUAUCCAGCAAAUCAAAGAAAAAGAAGUAGAUAUGUUGGUGGCCUACUCAGCUGCACACAAGCCACUGCACAGACUUGUAACUCCCGCGUAGGCAAAUGGAGGUUCUAAGAGAAUUCAUAAGUUGAUCUAUUUAAGUUACUGAAAUUUAGUCCAGAUAGAAAGUAACGUUUGGGUGUUGUAGCAUGUGAAAGAAUUUGUUUUUUUUUUUUUAUUUAAUUCUUUUUAUGAAUCGGGAAUUUUGAAUGUUGAGCCUCGUUGAGGAUUACUAAAUCCCAUUUAAGUUAGGAAGAAGGCCACGAUUUUCUUGAACCUGCA